AUGGCUAAUAUUCGAAUUUUUGCAUUAUUAUUAAUUGUCAUGAUGAUCAUCAAUUGUACAAUGGUUGAUGCUAGAUAUCAUGAAGGUUCUAUUAGUCGCAGUAAAAGACUUUUUGGUUGUGCUAAAGUUCACAAGAGUUGUACAGGUGUUUUCAGUAAAUCAUGCUGUUCUGGUACAGUAUGUAAUACAACUAUUGGAAAAUGUGUUCCUAAAGGCAAUCCAAUUUCGUGGCUUGGGGAUCGAAAUGGAAAAUAA